CUCGGGCUUUAUUUAUAAACCAUUCGCCUACGAUCCGGUCGACGCCUAACCCGUUGCUUGCGAAGCGUUGAUCGAGCCUGCAGCCCGGCGCCCUUCACUUUGAUUAGGUGGAUUUCGUAUUCCGAAACAGCUCUAGCUCUUACUAAAAAUGUGAACUGGCAGAUCAUGCAUUGGCCAACUGGCAACCUUAACAACAAGCGCUUAAAUUCACCCGGACUUAUCUCUCACUUGGCCACCGCCAUUCAAGAGCUGCUAUCGAGCUACUGCUCUGUGGUGGCUGAACCCCAUUAUCGUCAGACGUGUCCAUACUGCAAACACCCUCAUAGAAAAGACAAUGAAGGUCUCAGCUCUUUAUGUCUAUCCUAUCAAAGGGCUGCGGGGGAUCGAGCUCAAGAAAGCCCAGAUCGGCCCGCAGGGCAUCAGCCAUGAUCGACGGUUCAUGCUAUGGGAGGUGCACUCGUCAACAGGAGAGCUGAAGAAGGUGCAGGUGGAUUCACACCCGCGGGGUGCGUUGUUUGAGCAGCGGAUCGUUUCCGGUCCCCAACAAGGGGAGGCGGCUGUGGUUGUGCAAUACCACGGCGAGCUGCCGAGCGAGCCCGAGGCAAGCGGAGAACUUGAAGACGAGAUUCUCAGAGUCCCUCUGGAGCCGGAUAUCUCUUCCCUGCAAAAGAAGGAGGUCGUCCUGCACGGCAGCCCGGCGUCGGCGUACCGCAUGGGCGACUCGUAUGACAGCUGGUUCAGCCGCCGCUUUGGCGUCUCGGUGAUCCUGGUCUAUCUCGGUGACGGCAGGAGAGCAGUUCUGGGCAAGACGCUACCGCCAAAGCCCGCUGCCGAGCAGCAGCAGAAACAACAACGAGGAUGGAUGGCGUCUCUUGCCUCAUAUAUCGCCGGGUCGGACCCCCAGUCUGGCCAGAACACAGCACCGUGGAUAACAUUUGCCGACGUGGCGCCACUGCUCGUCACCUCUGAGUCAUCCCUCGGGGAUGUACGAGACCGUCUGCUCAACGGCCGCCCCGUGGAAAUGCACAGGUUCCGGCCAAAUGUUGUUGUCGACGGCGACGGCGAGGAAGCCUGGGCAGAAGACUUCUGGGCCGAACUUGCCAUUGUGCCCGGCCAGAGUGUCGUCGGGGAAGAUGGAGAUGGAGACGGGCUGCAAAGAGGAGGCACGCUGCUGCUGACGGGCAACUGCGUGCGAUGCACAAGCCUAAACGUGGACUACGAGACGGGCAAACCAGCGGAAGGCGAGCUGGGCCAGGUUUUGAAAAGGCUCAUGAAGGAUCGGAGGGUGGAUUUGGGUUCGAAGUGGUCUCCUGUCUUUGGGAGGUACGCGUUCCUGGGCAGUGGCCACGCCGAGGGCUUUACUGUGUCUGUUGGCGAUGAGGUCCAGGUCACACGACGCAACACGGAGCGCACCGUUUGGGACUGGCCGGGCUUGUGAAUUCGCGACUAGCUCCUUACACCGUGACGCUCUAAGUGGAUUUCAACUCUGUCACCUAGGACACCCUGCUCUACUGCUGUCUAGGGCAUUCAACACCCAUAGGUAGCAAGGGAAUUGGCGUAGAAUAAUAUCAAAGCGAUACCCGAG